GCCAAGUUCAGUGUUGUCAAAACGUUAAUGUAAAUGGCCGUAUCGGGUGUGAUGUGAACGCGAAUCGCGCGUUUUCAAAUCGUGUUCGUUUUUCAAACGUGUGAAUUUGAAAAAAGAAUAUUAUAUUUUUUGUGACGUGAAUUGUGAAAUAGUGAUUAAAAAAUUUUUGGUAUAGGAGGGCUGUGAGUUAAAUCGAAAAAAAUGCCGGCCUACGACAAUGAGGGAGCGACAAUAUCUAUGGAGGACGUUCGUAAACCAGAGCAAUCUAACACAGUUAGUACAAUAGAAGAUGACUUAGCUAUUAGAAGACUUAGAGAGCUGAGGCCACAGAAAUCCACAGUAUCUUCUAGAAAACAGCAAGCUGUCUGCGUUCGGAGAGCCUACAAAAAAUAUGGAACUGCGAAAAAUCCAAACAUAAUAUUGGAUGGUUUAAAUAUGACAGUUCCUAAAGGUGCAAUAUAUGGUCUCCUUGGCGCUUCGGGCUGUGGCAAAACUACACUACUCUCAUGCAUAGUUGGUAGACGAAGACUCAAUGCUGGAGAGAUAUGGGUGUUGGGCGGAAAACCGGGCAGCCCCGGCAGCGGUGUACCCGGUCCGAGGAUAGGAUACAUGCCUCAAGAAAUUGCAUUGUUUGGCGAGUUUACAAUAAAAGAAACAAUGACGUAUUUCGGUUGGAUUGCUGGACUCUCUACGAGAGAUGUGGAACAGCGGGUAGAUCUAAUGGUCUCGUUGCUACAGCUUCCUGAUCUAUCAAGGCACGUGAAGAAUCUCUCAGGUGGUCAGCAACGCCGUGUAUCAUUAGCGUCAGCUUUGAUCCACGACCCUGAGUUGUUGAUCUUGGAUGAACCGACCGUAGGUGUGGAUCCUGUAUUACGACAAAGCAUCUGGGACCAUCUAGUGGAGAUAACAAAAGGAGGCCGUACCACUGUGAUCAUUACUACUCACUACAUUGACGAAACUAAACAGGCGAAUAUUAUAGGACUAAUGCGAGGCGGUAGAUUCCUAGCCGAAGAAUCACCAACCGAACUUAUACGACGAUACCAGGGAGAAAGUUUAGAAGACGUCUUCCUCAAGCUGUCAGUUUUACAGAACAGAGGCAAGAGAAGACGAUCUAGCAUUUUAGCCGAUGUUGUGAAUAAGGUUGAACUUCCUGGCAUACCUAAUCCAGCUGUAGACUUGGAAGAGGGGGAGAUUGGCGAAAUCUCUGGAGAAUUUGGAGAUAAUGUAUCCAUGAGUAGUAAAGGUCGUGUAGUGGUAACACCAGAACUGCUGACGACCGCGGACGCCCUACCUCCCGACGAGGAGCCCACUCUCAACUGCUUACAGAGAGUUCAGCCGAUGAAGUGGCAUCAUAUGAAGGCUCUGAUUUGGAAGAAUAUGUUAAGUCUUGUAAGGAAUUUCGGGGUCCUCGCUUUUAUAAUCGGUCUACCUGUUAUCCAAAUGACUCUCUUCUGUCUGGCCGUCGGUCACUACCCUACCGGACUACCAGUUGCAGUCGUUGACUACGAAACGAAUAACAAUAUGACACUGUGUGAUUAUAACAAAGACAUAUGUCCUCAAGAUAAGGAGUCUUACGAAUGGAAUCUGACGCUUUUCAGUUGUAGAUAUUUGGACUUUUUAAAAAAACGACAGAGCAAUUUGGUCUAUUAUCCAACUGAAGAAGCCGCAAUGACUGACGCGCGUAAAGGCAACGCCAGGAUUGUUCUUAUCAUACCUCACAACUUCACUCAGAGUCUGCAAGAUAGAAUGACUGACCCUAGACAUACUGAUAUUUAUACCCUCGAGAGCUCUGUUAUAGACGUACAUUUGGACGAUACGAACAAGCAAAUGGAAUGGAUACUAACAAAAGAUCUUAGUUUGGCGUUUGCCGAGACCGUGGAUUAUUUGGCAGAAGUCUGUCAAUUACCGCCCAGGAUAUUUUCGCUUCCUGUUAAUUUCAAUGCUCCUAUAUAUGGUGUCACAGAUUCAGAUUUCACUGAUUUCGCAGCUCCUGGCGUGAUAUUGACAAUUAUUUACUUCCUGGCGGUGGCAUUGACAUCGGGCGCCAUGUUGGCUGAAAGGAACGAGGGCAUUCUUGAAAGGUCACUCGUUUCCGGUAUUACUGGUACUGAAAUCCUUUUCUCACAUGUAACUGUGCAAAUUUUUGUAAUGGCAAUCCAGUCUAUCAUGGUGAUGUUAAUCAGCUUCGCCCUCUUUGGUCUCAGUCAAAAUGGACCCAUUGGAUGGAUCUCAUUACUGGUCCUUAUGACAGGCUUAUGCGGUAUGACAUUCGGUUUCUUAGUAUCUUGUUUGUGUGAUACCGAUAGAACGGCCACUUAUAUGGCCCUGGGAUCAUUUUUGCCUAUGGUCUUACUAUGUGGUAUUAUUUGGCCAAUAGAAGCCAUGCACAUAGUCCUACAAUGGAUUAGCUUCGUACUUCCACUCACAAAAUCGACGGAGUCUCUACGAUCCAUGCUCCAGCGUGGAUGGUCCAUAGGUGUUCCAUCAGUAUAUUCUGGAUUCAUAUCCACUGGUAUUUGGAUUGCGGUAUAUUUGAUAACAAGUAUUUUACUUCUUAAGUUCAAAAAAGGGUGAAUUAAUAAAUAUAAAUUGUAUCUUUAUUUUUUACUAUAUCCAAAGUGAACAAUUCUGUUUUCUGUGUUUAUGUAAAUAUGUAGACAUUAAUUGUUAAUUUGAGUACACAUAAUCGGAUAGAAAAAAUCUGAAAUGUCAUUCUUUACACUUAUUUAUUACUAUUACAAGUUAUGAGAAUUGAAUAAUAUACAGUAUUUAAUACAAUAAUCUGUAUAUUUUUCUCGUCAUGCCGGCGUAACUUGUAUCUUCAAAUGAUAAUGUAACUAAAAGUCUUAAAAUUCGUUUAAAGAAUGCUAUCUCAGAAUCAAAUCCAACAUACAGUCAUAUAAAGCAACAAAAGAUUAAUGUUUAAGUAGAAUAAGAAUUAUGUGUUAAAAUCGUUACUUAUGAUGGUAUGAACAGCGCAUAGUAAAAUGUGUUCGGGCUGAGAAUAUGCAUGCUUAUAUGAAAACUUUUAGUUGAUGCGGGCGGUUACUUCGGUACUAUCGAAGUUUUAUAAUAACCGUUUUCAGUAUAUAAACAUCAAAACAGUGCAUGAUAGAGUAUCGUUUACGUUCACGAGCAGGUCAUCAACACUGUUAAAAGUUUCACAGUUGUUUAAUCGACUAAAAUGAGAACGAACUACUGCAUUUAA